AUACGUGCAAGAAAAUUAAUUCAUUAGUUUAUAAGCCAUUUCUUUUCUUUUUUGUAGAAACAAACUAUCGUGGAUAUUGGAUAGCAGUGACUAACUUCGGACAUUAUUGUUUUCUGUUUUACACCACGACGCACACUGUUUUUAGAGGGGGAAAAAAAAAGGGUAAUGCAAUUAUGAUGUCACAGAAUUUGCCACUGCCACUACUACUUCUCUUUUGUUUCUUUUGCUCACCCAUACUUAUCCAAGGAUCAAAUCAAGAUGAAAGAAAGCCGUACAUUGUAUACAUGGGAGAAUUACCAGAGACAAGAAGUUAUGCCGUGGAAGACCACCACCAUAAUCUACUGACUGCAGCGAUUGGAAACAAGAAAUUAGCGAGAGUGUCGAAAAUACAUAGCUAUGGAAAGAGCUUCAACGGAUUCGUUGCGCGACUUUUGCCACAUGAAGCAAAGAAACUGCAAGAGGAGGAGAAUGUGGUAUCUGUGUUCCCAAACACACGGCAAAAACUACACACGACAAGGUCUUGGGAUUUCAUAGGAAUGACCAAGAAAGUGAAGAGACGCAGCAACAUAGAGAGCCACAUCAUUGUGGGUGUGCUAGAUACAGGAAUAUGGGUUGAUUGCCCCAGUUUCAACGAUAAAGGGUAUGGACCUCCACCACGACGAUGGAAGGGCAAAUGUGUUACGGGAGCCAACUUCACUGCUUGCAACAAGUAUGCAUAUAUUUUCAUAUCUGUUUUAAUGCCUUAG